AUAUCUUACUCGAAGAUAAGCGUGUGCUUUCCGUUUCAUCUUCUCCUUCCGUCUUUGAUCUUUGAGUUGCAUUGUGGUGUCCUUCCAGUUUGCUCCAAGAUAUUCGAUUCGAUCUUUGCUGUGCAUCACCUCAACUCCGCCUCUGGUAUAUCGAGCGGCUCUAAACCCUACCAAGCAGAGUUAUUUGUGAAUCUAUAAGACAGUAAUGGCCGAACCCCAGAUCCCGAAGCAGCACAAGGCUGCCGUCUAUGACAAGCCAGGCAGCAUAUCGACCGAGGUUCGAUUGGUCGAUACGCCUGAGCCAGGAGCCGGCGAAGUUCUUGUUAAGCUCUCCCAUUCUGGCGUCUGCCACUCCGACCUCGGGGUCAUGGCCAACACCUGGUCCAGCUUGCCAUACCCCACCCAGCCAGGCCAAGUAGGCGGCCAUGAAGGCGUAGGCGAGGUCGUGAAGCUGGGCCCGGGCACGGAGAGCGCACCAAUCAAGCUCGGACAACGCGUUGGUAUCAAAUGGAUCGCGUACGCAUGCGGCGGCUGCUUGCCGUGCAUGAGCGGCCGAGACGGUCUCUGCCAAAACCAGAAAAUCUCCGGCUACUACUACCCCGGCACGUUCCAACAAUACGCCAUCGCGCCCGCGCACUACGCGACCCCGAUCCCCGACGGCGUGGACUCCGCCUCCGCCGCUCCCAUGCUCUGCGCCGGUGUGACCGUCUACUCCGGCCUCAAGAAAGCCGACGCGAAGCCCGGAAACUUUGUCGUGCUCCUCGGUGCGGGCGGUGGACUGGGCCAUCUCGGUGUGCAACUGGCCUCGAAGGGAAUGGGAUACAGGGUCAUCGGCGUCGACCAUCCGAGCAAGAAGGAUUUGGUCUUGGAGAUGGGUGCGGAGGCGUUUGUUGGUAUCGAUGAGAAUGUGGUGGAGCGGGUGAAGGCAUUGACGGAAGGUUUGGGCGCGCACGCAGUGCUCGUCCUGACGGCAGCCAACGCAGCAUACGCCACCUCCGUUGACCUUCUUCGAUUUGGCGGGACGGUCGUCUGUGUGGGUGUCCCUGAGGGUAAACCUGUAGCUAUUGAGGGCGCAAGGGCUCCGGCUUUGAUUAUAGGGGAGAAGAAGAUUAUGGGCGUUGCGGUGGGCACGAGGCAGGACGCGAUAGAGGUGCUGGAUUUCGCAGCCAGGGGGAUCGUGAAGACGCACUAUAGAACGGAGCCAUUGGAUAAGUUGGCGGAAGUGUUCCAGGAGAUGGAUGAUCAAAAGUUGCAAGGGAGAGUGGUGAUCGACCUGAAUGCUUGAAGGAGACGAUAUCUAACGGAAAUGGUGAA